AGGGGCGAAUGGGUUAAGUUACAUUCAAAAAAUACCUCAAACCAUUGUAUGAUUUAAGACAACUCUCUCUUACACAAUAGACUAUUAUUUUAUUGUUGUGAAUUACACCCCAGCCUUCAGGUGAAUAUGAGGCUAGGGUUGGCUUUGUUUGAUACAAACCUCCUUUAUUUGCUUAUGUAGAUUUUGCUUGAAAAAUAGUAGUAAAUAUAAGAUAAUUUACAUAAGAAAGUAGGAAGAGUUGUAUCAACAAGGUCAACUCAAGCCUGGUUUCCACCUAUAACUGUAAAAUUGGCUAUUGGACUAGUACUUCUCACACUGUGUCCUUUACCUAGGAAGAGUAGAUUGUUAAUACUGAGUGUUCUGGUUUGCAGAAAGAUCACCCUGUAAAGUUUCAAGCACUGUUGACAUCAUAAUAUGAACUGGUGUCAAUUGACAUGACCACCCUGCAGUCUAUUGACUGGGCUGUAUUAGUGGUGGAUGAGGCUCACAGGCUUAAGAAUAAACAGUCCAAGGUUAGCCCAGAAAUCUUAAUUAAACACAACUACUGUAAAUACAAUAAGUAGGCAGAACUCAAACAGCGAAGGAUUUCUUUUGGUUUUACCUCUCUAUUUUGCAGAUGUUUUGGAAUCUCCUUCUCAUAAAACAGCCAUUUAAUCCAUUUUGUUUAUACAACAGAAGAUAGCAGUUCAAAAAAGUGUCUCAAGGACCUUUUUGGCUCAUUUUUUCAACAUCUGGGUUUGUUAAAAGGAUGUUCCAGAAUUCUUAAAGAUCACAAUACUUGGCCAGAGCUAGUUGUAACUUUUUUUUCAGAGGUGUUCUAACAAAAAGUGGUGGUGACCAACAUUUUAUUGUCUGCCUAUGUUAGUAGCGUUGACACUUGUAUUAAUGACAACAGGGCCUUCUACAGAGUAAACAAAGUCACUGUGAAAGGUCAAGAUGUGUGAAAUAUCUUGCCAAGUUCGUAGGCUCCAUUAAUACCACGCAGCUUGUUCGAGGCCACAUGGUCUGAGUGAUGCUUUAGUAUAUUUCAAUGAAAUUUAAUGACAGGGGAUCAAAGCAUGAGUAAACACAAUACAGGAAGAAGGCAAGUGAAUGUCAGGGUAGCACUCAACAGUGUGGAUUUAGAAAUUGAAUGUUUUUUGUGGUUUGUUUUUACAGGAAAUACUACAAAUACAUUUUAACAAGAAAUUUUGAGGCUCUGAACACCAAAGGAUCUCAUCAAGUGUCUUUGUUAAAUGUUAUGAUGGAACUAAAGAAAUGUUGCAACCAUCCAUACUUGUUCUCUUCUGCGGCCCUGGUAAAUAUGUCAGUUUGAUAUUUCUGACUUGUUUAACAUUAUUAUUUCAAACUAGAUUUGUUCAUCCAUUUUGAAAGUUCAAAGGUAUGGUACUUUUUUUUCCAUGAUAUACCAGUGACUACACCUUUAUUAAUUUGCCGUCUGUGGAAUGAACUCAAAACUCCUGAUUGAACUGCAGCUCCACAGGCAACCAGUGCAUUUCCUUUUGCAAAAUCACUCACAACAGCUUGAACUAUUAACAGAUCUUAUCCUUAAAUACCAUAAAUUACAGUGAUCGGUUGUCCAGGAUGAGAUCCUGUCAAAGUAAUAGAGAACUUUUGAAAAACGUGUACAGAAAGCAGCAAGCAUUCAUUUUUACUAUCUCACCAAGUUUUCACUUCACUUUUUGUUUAUUGUUCAUUUUAUAUAGGUAAAUGAAAAGAUAAGAAGUUUUAGGCCCAGUUUACCUGAAGGAAUUAUUUUACACAUCUUCUAUCGUUUUGUUUCCUAAUUUGAGAAAUGGACGGCUAGAAUCAGACUUUUUCCGUUCGCCAUAAAUAUAAUAAUUAUUCUAAAUCCCUCCAUUAUGUCAUUUGCAUGGCCCUUAGGAGGCUCCCAGAAGUGCUAAUGGUAACUUAGACACAGCAGCUCUUACUCGUGCUUCUGGAAAGCUGGUCCUACUGGAGAAGAUGUUGAAAAAAGUACGAGAGGAAGGACACAGAGUUCUCAUCUUUUCACAGGUAGCAUGAACUACACUGUGAUUUGUGAUCCAACUGCUUAUAGUUGAUGUGUAUGCUCCAAAUAUUACUAACAUACCAAUGCACAGUUGAAUAUUCAUUUAAUACGUUGUUCUGCCCUUCUCUUGAAAUCACCCUGUUGGCCUUUGCAAAAACCUUUAAUACCUUUAGUGAGUGAAAAAUAUUACAGUGCAAUUCAAAGUCCUUGUCCACUCUCCCACUCCAAUUGAAAACAAUGUCAUAAAUGCUAUCAUGCCUUCUCUAUUCUUCACGCUAUCACUCCUUCAAACUAAGCUAUAGUAAUAAGUAUUAUUAAAAACUGAAUUGUUGGAUAAUGCAAUUCUAGAGCUCUGAUUGGCAUGGUCAUCAUAUAUAUGCGGUGCCAACUUUGCUCACUUGCAGCCAAUGGCUGAAUUGCGGAGGAACCGGAGAGGUGAGAUCGGACGUCAGCAUGUAAAGGCGCACUCUUGCGGCCACUUCAGUCCAUGCUUUGAUCACACCUCGCCCACCCAGGCCGAUGACGGCACAAGUCAGAUAGACCAUGACAUCAGGACCUACAUUCCCUAUGUCCCCUGUGGUAACUGUACGUGUCUGUUCAAAAUUAAAAACAAGUUGAAAAUUGGUUGGUUUUACAAAUAAAGUCGGGAACAAUUCUCGUCAUUUUGUGGGCGUUUUUAAUAAAACAAUAAUUAUUUCACUCACGCUUGUUGGAUAUGGGAUAAUAAUAUACAAGCUUGUGCUACGCGCCUUAUUGGCUAUUUACCAUCUCAUAUCUAACGCGCAUUCGUAGAAUAAUUGUCAAUUCUAAUAUAUUGUACAUACUAAUGCCCCUGCUUGUUUGCUAUUGGCCAAACUAGAUGACAAGAAUGCUGGAUAUCUUAGAAGACUUCCUUGAGGGGCACGGUUAUAAAUAUGAAAGAAUUGAUGGAACUGUCAAUGGAGCAGCUAGGCAAGAAUGUAUUGAUAGGUUUAAUGGUAAGUACAUGUGAUGCAGGAGGAAACAGCAUUUCAGUAAUUUUAAUUGGGAAGUAGCUAUAGGGUGAUCUUCAAAACUUGUUAACCUUAAUCUUCAGCUAUAGUUCAUACUGCUACUGUUAAAACUGUAUUUUCACGAAAGAAAUAUUUGCUGUUGAAUAUGUGCUUUUCUGCUGACUGUCCUCUGACCAAAACUCCUUAGACUGUGUGAGUGUAUUGUGUGUAGUGCUCCUGUUUUUCUAAAACUAAGCUUCUGGUGGCGGGCAAAUUUGUAACUUUUCAUGGUGGUUAUCUGAUAAAUAAAUAAUAUAAAAAAUUGAAAUUAUCCUCAUUUUAUUAAAAUCCUGACCAUGUAUGAAUCCUGGCCUUAUAUGAACCCAGUAAAAGGAACAUGAAUCCCCAGCUACUUUUUAUAGGUUAGUAAAAUGAAAACAAAACCAAUAGAACCCCUUAGCUGUUCAAUUACUACCUACUACCUACUAAUUGAAUACUCCUUGAAACUUGAAAUCUUACUGACAGCCCUACAUUACAGUUAUUGAAUUGUUUUAUUAAUAUUGUUUUUUAUGCUAAUCACAGCUCUAUUUUUCUUGCCUUUUCUUUUUCUGUUUGUUUGUUUGAAGCUGCUGGUGCACAGACGUUUUGUUUCUUGCUUUCUACUCGUGCUGGAGGUCUGGGCAUCAAUUUAGCCACAGCUGACACUGUGUUUAUAUAUGACUCAGACUGGAAUCCUCACAAUGACAUCCAGGUAUACAAUUGUAUUUUGGCCAAUCCAAUAGUUCAGAAAAUUUGGUAUGUUAGUAGACCUCUUUUUACUUGGGUUUUCUGUUCACAGUUACAAAGCUGUGACCUGCUUUACCCUGGAGUAGAAAAAGAAAUUACAAGAUAUUUUAUCCACUAGAGCGUACGUAGCAACUUAAAAAUAAGCCAACCUAAUAAGAUGUUGUACAUGUGUGUUGCUUCUCUUCCCUUCUUGUCUUUCCUCACAGGCGUUCAGCAGAGCUCAUAGAAUUGGUCAAAAUAAUAAGGUAUUUAACUAACAAAUUGGUGCUCUUCAGUGCCUUGUGUAUUGUUUUAUUGUAAAAAGUCUUCAUUUAUCCUAGUUAGUUCAGUUGGAGAAGGACCUAGGGCCUGUUUCUCGAAAGUCCCAAUAGUUACUGGACCCAGAUAGUUUGGGGCCCAGAAAGCUGUUGUUGUUUACAUUCAAGAUAGAGGUUUCAGUACUUUUGCAGAUAACAUAAUAAAAUUAUCAGUUAAGAAAACAAAAUGGACGAGUUUGCUGGUUAGGACUUACGCGAUUUUAUUCUUUACAUUUUUACUUGAAUAUUUGAUUUCGAGCCUGGAAAGUUUCUGGGACCUUCGAAAAAUGGGCCCUUGUCCUCCAAGCAGGAGGUCAUGGGUCCAAACCCAGGCCAGAACAUCAAACAAUCUUUGAUUUCAGACCUUAGCGUGUCUGUUAAUAUAUAAUGUACAGUAAAAAAACACGUCUGAUGUUCUCUCGUCCGUAACUCAUCAUUCAUUUCAUGCAUUCGUUCAUUCAUUCUUUCAUCCAUUCAUUUCAUUUCGUCCAAUUCAUUCAUAUUGUUCUGUACAGUUUAGCCCUGUAUUCAGAGACUUUUCUUAAUUCACCCUCCAGUGCACUUGAGAGAGGCGUCAUUGUCUUCAGACUUUUUAUGUCCCCCUCAUGGAGCAUCAGUUAAGACAUUACUUUUCAAUACAUGUAGAAUAUCAAAAUUACAUUAUGAGUCUCCGUCUUCUUGUUAGGUUAUGAUCUAUCGCUUUGUUACAAGGGCCAGUGUGGAAGAACGGAUCACACAGGUACGUAGCGCUGUACAUUAUAACAAGUGUAAGGGAAAAAUAAUUAAUAUUUAUUUUAAGUGACUAAACAAAGUAUAGUCAGUUCCUGCUAUUGCAGACACAAUCUAAACAAUAAUUGUUUGGAUUCUUACUACACAUUAAUGGAACACGUUUAUGACUCCUUCCUUGGUGGUUUUUAUUUGGAGGUGUGCUGGUGCAGUCUUUCCCUGCUAGCAGAGGUAUCGUGAGAGAUCUCUGCUAGCAGGGAAGUGCAGUCUCUGAUGAUGCUGAUAAUUGUGUCACACUGACAGCUUCUUAUAUUAACUAUAAAAAAAUAUCGGGCAAAAUAAAUGAUAAUAAGCAUAAUCUGCAUGUUUUAGGUUUUUUUAAGGAGACGUUAUGGCUGGAAUGACCUAAAUUGGAAAAAACAUGAGAAAUUCCUUCCAAAUCAAGGAAAGGGUUGCAGUGAAUGAACAUUCAAUCCAAUAUUGCUUUGUUCACCCGAGCUCAAUUGUCCAUAUUAGCGUUGACUGUAUUAAAGAAACUUUAUCAAACUACGGUGCUCAGUGGAAACAAAACAUUGAAGAAUAGCUACUUUUGUGUAUAGUUGCAUCCCAGUUCUGGAAAUUUUGUGUUAAAAAAUUGUAAUUAUUUGAUUGUUGUUUAUUGAGAAACCUCAAUCUCCACUAAUUUACUUCCCCUAUCAGUGUGAAACAAACAACUUCUUCAAAAGCGCCUUUUUUUUCUGUAGAUGUAUAAUAUGACCCCUUAAGCUCUGAUGACUUUGAUCUUUGCUUGAAAGGUUGCCAAGAAGAAGAUGAUGCUGACUCAUCUUGUGGUUAGACCCGGCUUGGGAUCCAGCAAAACUGCUGUCAUGUCUAAGAGUGAGCUAAAUGAUAUUCUCAAAUUUGGAACACAAGAACUCUUCAAGGAUGACAAUGCUAAAGAUGGAGGUUCGUCUUCUACUGACACACCUUUCUUUAGUGAAUCAAAUCAUUCCUGACACUACCUUAAGUCAGGGGCACCCAAUGACUGUUUUCUGUGAAAUAUCUGUUCGGAGAAGCAACAAUUGCCUAGAAUUUUCUAUAGCUUAAGGAAGGCUUAAACUGAAUUAAGAUGACUAAAACUAAACUAAGAUGACCAUUCAUGUACAAUUUUCGAAGCUUAUCUAAUAAUAUCUUUUUUUAACCUACUGAAAAGCAAGUGCUGGUACGUGGAAGACAUGUGACUUUGCGGACGCUAUUGAUAACUCCUAAAUGGUUUAUAACUGGUGACAAGAUAUGUAUCAGUUGGUGAAAGGAACUGAAGUCUAGACUAUGAGUAGUUUUUUUUUUUUCCAUGGGGUGGCAAAAGGAGUAAAACAUGAGUGAGCCAUCUUCCACGCCCUGCCAUGUUUUUCUGCUGCUAAGAAAAAAAAUUGGAAAAAACAGGAGAUAGCGAGACCAUAUUUCUUAAGCAUGCCGAAAUAUACAUUCUAAAUCGAUUUUCUUUUAUUGUCAGACUCGGCUGACUCAGGCCGCAUAGAUUAUGAUGAAAAAGCCAUCAUGUCACUGUUGGACCGUACAAGUAGCCAUAAUGAUGCUCCUGAUGAAGAGAAAGACAUGUUGGCUAAUGAAUACCUCGCUUCUUUCAAGGUAAGACCCAGGCCCUGUUUAUAUGGAGAAAAGUUGUACAAGGUGGAAGGGUCACUUGCCUACCCUAGCUACCCUGGGCAAGCCUGGUUCUCAUAUGCCGCCGUUGUAUCUGCAACGUAGCUGCAGGUACCACCUGGGCUACUUCUUGGACAAAUAAGAACAUGCGCUGCCUGCAACUAGAGCCAUCACAAGGCUUUACCGCCGGCAUGCCUGCGAAGAUGAACUCGAGUCAGCUUCGCAGGCAUGCCAGCGGUAAAGACUGGGAUGACCAAUGUUGCUGGCUACUUCUGCUCUCAUAUCGGAACAGUAUCGCAGGCAGUACUGGCGGCCAUGUCGCAGGUGCAUCAGCGGCAUAUAAGAACCGGGCUUAAAUACAAAAAGUAGGCGGGGAAUCAAACGGCUGGGAUUUCUUUUAGUUUUAUGUGUCGUCCUUUUUCCAAUGGUUUAUAGUUGACUAGCAGAGCCAGCUUUUUGGCUAAAGCAUGUCAAAAGAGAAGGAACAGGAUGACAGCAUUUUGUUGCUGUGGCCUGUUGAUGACUUCUCUCACUUUAGGUGGUUGUAAUCUGCAUAUAUACAGACCACUUCGAUGACAUGCAAUAUUAAACAUGAGUGAGCAGGGCCUGGAGCCUUAGCAUUAGGCUACUGGAGUAGUAUAUCGCUCAGACAUGAUAAUGUCUCCGUCCAUGAUAGUAGUGAAUUAUUCCCAACACUGUAGUCAAGUCUUACUGAUUUUGCAUUUAGACAUGCAUACAGAAUAGUGAACACAUUUUGCCUUUAGAAUUACUGUUAGACUUUGUGGUAAUAUACGCUCAAACAUUUUCACAGUGAUAUAGAUUAUACUAAUUGAUCCUUUCUCCGCUAAUAGUGACUAGAGAAAUAAGUUCACCCCCCCCACCCCACACCCCUCCUCAAAAAAUAUUCAUUUCUAAAGUUCUUAGAAAUAAAUAGCGCUGCGCGAACGUCUGCCAGAGAGGUUUCAAUUGGGCGGUAACACCAUAGGAUUUCAUUAGAGAUUUAAAAGAUACAAUGACUAAUAACCUAGCCACACCAAAGUUUGGAAACAUUCAAGUGAUAAAAAAUACCAACUUGGAUAGUGAUACCGUAUCAUUCAGUUUGCCCUUGUCAGUUUGUGGUUUGUGUGUGAACCUUUCUAAAAGCCAUUGAUUUACAAGUGUUUUUUAUUAACGAAUGUACAAGCUUAUGCCAGCCAAGUAUUUUUAGUCAUUACUUUCAGUAUAUCCUGUUAACACUUUGGUGUUUGUGGUUUUCUUUGCAGGUCGCAAGCUAUGUAGUGAAGCAGAAAGAUGAUGAUGUAGAAGUUCUCAAGGUAGCAAAAAAAAAUCGCCAUCUUCUUUACGGCUUAAAUAGUUGAUUAACGUCUUUCGCGAUGAUGUACAUUCCGCAAAAAACAGUUCUUAACCUUUCACUUCCUCUGUGGUAUUUUCCUGAGCAAAUCCGAGCAUGUUCCUACAAGCUGGACUUUUUCCAUGUUAUUAUUAUUUUUUCCUUUAUAUUCAUCUUAAUUUACCUCUAAGUAUCCAUUUUGAGAGAAAAUUCUUUUGUUGUUUGAACAUACUAGCGAGGCUUGGCGUCAAUUAUAUGAGCAUAAAACAAUAAGUAACAUGAAAAAGUUCUAUUCUACUGCUAUUCUUUAUCAACAGCAAGGUGGAGAGAAAGCAGACCCUGACUACUGGGAGAAACUUUUACGCCAUCAUUACGAACAGUUCCAAGAAGACGAGGCGCGACAUCUGGGAAAGGGAAAAAGAAUCAGAAAACAGGUAACUAACUUUACUUAACUUGUAGGAUCAAAAUUUAACUUCUCAUUUCCUCUAGAAGUGUUGGGGAGAAGUUUUUAAAGUGUCAGUUAAAUUGAUCUUGUGUGAUCACGUCCUUAAUUCUCGCAACCACUCUGUAUUAUAAAGUAUUUAUAUUAUGAGAAAUUUGAUGCUGAACACAUCUAGAGCCUAAAGGCUCUAAGCUGAAAGGGCACAGGCCACAUAAGUAACUCUUACAUAAUAGUCGAAGCAUGAGCACUUACCGGCACAAAUUAAACUUUUUAUUUUUGACCAUUGAACAACUUGGUGGGAUUUUUACUUCGGGGAGGUGUAGUCACUGGAUUGCAGUGAUCUUCUUUUUCGCUGAUAGAAAGUUUUCUCGCCUGGAAUGGCGCCCGGUUUCUAGUAAAUAUUGUCUGGUGAUGGUGAUGAUGUUCAAAACGCAACAUGACGUGUCACAAUUAAUAUUUCCAAAAAAAAACUGCCUGUUCAUCGAUUCAUAUGAUUGGUUCGAUCCGCUGAAAAAGAGUGUAACCAUCUUUACGAUAACGUUUAAGCCAUCCUGAAACAGAACUGACAAUGUUCGCUGUGAUCGCUAAACGUUUACUAACCGAUUGUUGCGAUUACAUGGAAACUAGUUGAAAUUUGGGUAUUUAGAAGGCUACGUACAAGUUCAAGGCGGUUAUUGAAAGACAAUUACGUGUAAGUAUGGUCAUUGAACUCUAAACUGCUUCUGUGUGUAUCCCCAGGUGAGCUAUGUUGAUGGAGGCAUGGAAGAUCAGGAAGAAUCAGGUAAUUUGGCUUUUUGCAUCCAUAAACUGUUUGGGGAGGGCUAAUCGAGUGCUUACUACUGCACUACGCUCCUUAACCCCCGCUCAGCCUGCGAUUCAUUUGAAAUACAUUCAAGUCCCUUAACGGUGCACUCGUCUUGAGGACACCUGGCUAUAACGGACACUCUGAUGAUACGGGUGGGAGCGAAAUCCCCGAGAAAAGAAGUGAGAAUUACCGACUUCUGAAAUGAACUCUCGGCCGCUACUACAAACUCUCGGUAGCGAGAACACUUACUCGCUCACUAACCCAUUAAAGGCCGUUAACUGGUUUUACGUUAACCGCGUUCGAAAGGGAAAGGGAAGAAAAUGUGGGCGCGAGACCCCGCGCGAGGAAGAGCUCCUUCCUCGCGCGCCCCGCACGCUUCCCUCGCGCCCAAAAUACUUUCCUUAGUUUCGAAAUCAUCAUCACAAAUUACCAGAGACAAAAGCAAAUGAUCACGAGCUUUAUAACAUAGCGCGCGUGUUUGCCUGCCUCCCCACCCCUCCCUAAGCAAACAUUAACCCUCACUUCCCACUUGGGGCAAAAUGUUGGCUUAGGGGAGGAGUAGGUGGGCAGUUUCCCAGAAACGUAUAAUGAUCCAUAUAGGGUCAAAAUCUUUAUUUACGCUCGGGCGUGCGUAAAUAAGAUCACGUGUAAAGUUGAAUCCAUAAAACUCAAGAAGCUAGAGUUACGCUUCUAUGGUGCUCUCCAGGGGGUUCAUUAAGGGCCGGGCACCGGGCAAAUUGACCGGCUGUGAACACGACUUUGCCCGGCUGCUUUACAUCUCAAAUAACUUCUUUUUAAUACGAGGAACGAUCAAAAACAGUUUUAAGUUACAAUCGUGCCCAUUUCUUGAUGAGUCUUAUCGAGUGUAAAACAUACUUUGCCGUGCAAUUUCCACUUUAUUAGGGACCUUAAGAUCCGACGACGGCGACGGCAACGGGAACACCACAAAAGCAAUAGGUUUAAUUAGCAAAACAACAAUUUUGCACGUGCAUCACGCUUGUUUGUACAUUUCUUUGCCGUCACUGCACGACUACGACGUGAAAAUGCCUAAUUUCACGAUGUACAGAGGAAAUACACAAGCGACGUCGAAAUUUCCUCUCUCUUUCUGAACUUGGAUAUGGUUCUUAGGAAUUCAACUUUAGGAGGGUUCGCCUACAGUUGACAAAGUUAGUGACUUGGAGUAAUCGCGAUGAAGAUUGAAAGAACGCGAAUUCACUUUUUCAGCGACGUUUUUUCUGCCGUCGCCGUCCUCGGAUCUUAAGGUCCCUAUUACACGCGGCACGAAAUCCCCUCGUUCUUUGUGUGUUAAAAACAAGAAUCGCCCCAUAACACAUUGCGAAAAGAACUGUGAUUCAUAAACGACCACCUGAAAUGUAUCAGUGUUGCGAGCACGUGAGCAUGGCGGCCCAGAAAAGAACGCGUUCGAUAGCGUAUUAUUUUUCGGCUUCAACAAAGGGCCUCCAGUAGAGAAAAGACCAAGAGAUAAGUAGACUUCUUUGUGAUUUAACCUUUUACUUGCCUGUAUAUAUUGAAUGGCUUAAUCAUCAUGUUCAAUGAAGCGAAGCGUGAUUUUUAUUCGUCUUAUGGUUUACGCCAAUGAAUUAAUUUUCGGUGCAUUCACGUUAAAACAGUGCUCCUCCCGUCUAGUCAUUGAAAUUUUAAAGAUAAGUUGAUUACGGCUCAGAUGCUGACGGUGAGUUUGAGUAAAGAUUAUUAUGAGCAGAGCUAUUAACAGAGAACCAAAAAGUCCAAUUUGUGUGGUGGGUAUUGGUAUCAAAUCAUGAUUAAAUUGUCUAGAAAAGUUAUCUUUUUUUGGUUGUUGAAAGUCAUUGUCUGCCGCUUCAAAAUGCAGGAAAACACAUCCUUACGACUAUAGAAUUUCAAAAUUUUCCGGGGGAGCAUGCCCCCUGACCCCCUAGGGGGCAAGGCCCUCCGGGCCUUGCCAAUUCUUUGCCCAGGUGUCAAACUCAGUUGCCCUCCUGUUCAUAACCUUAAUGAACCCCCUGGCUCUCCAAACUCCUCGCGUGCGUCCGUAACUCGAUAUACGCACGCUAAGCAUGAACAAAUUCUUAAUUAAACCAAGUUGAAAUUGAUCCACAAUAUUUACGCCUGCAUUUUAAGGGCAAAAGUGGAACGGGUUAGUUACUGGAAAAAAAAAAUAACCAUUCAGUAUCACUUAGGCAAAAUUAAGUUAUUUUGGAACGAAGAUAUCAGUAAGUUGUUACAGAGUGCAUGGUAUCUAAUGUAGACUGAUUGUGUUUACAGCAUGGACUAAUAACUUGUCGGACUAUGAAGAUGACGGUUACAGUGACGUUGAUGAAGAGGAAUCAGAUGAGGAGUUUAAUCAAAAGGCAGAAGGUAUAAGUAACAGUUGCAGCCGGAUCGUAAAUUAUCUGGCUCCUGCAAUAAGCUUGGUAAACAUAUCGCUGGUGUAGUUGAUGUGUAAAGACUGCAUGACUUUGAGGUGUCUGGAUAAGUCUAAGUUCGCGAAAGGUUUAUGGUUAUCAAGAUCCGAUACUCUGACCUCCUUUACCAGAGUUAGGCCCAGGCCAAACGUCAAACGUUUCAUGAGACGAACCAAACUUAGUGAGUUACGUUCAUGAAAAGUUCUACAUUUGGCUCAGUUAAGCUCGUAUGAAUUAAUUUGGAUCGUCCAACACGUUCUAUCCUUUUGAAGAUCGUCUCCGGGACAAACGUUGGUCUUCACAUGCGACGAACUAAACUAGUAAAUUAAAAUUGUGUAUAAAUAAUGUAUAUUUAGCCUCGUUUGGGAGAAAAUUUAUUGCUGAUCUGAUUCAGUUAAUUGGUUCGACGCGUCCUAAGUUCGACAGUUUCUGACCCAACGGACGAUCUUAAUUUAAUUUAGGUCGACCCAAAUGAGAGCUUGAUUCGUCUCAUGGAAAGUUCGGCGUUCUUUUUUCCUUUGUUCGGUCUCAAGAAUUAUGAGUAAGUUUGCCGCCAUUGUAGCUGUACAAAAUUUCUGAACUGAGUUACCGCAUCGGAAGGAAUAACUAAACUGGGCACCGUAGAACGAUUUCUUGGAAUAUAAAUGUACUUGAAAACCUUUAUAAAAAAGAUUUUAUAAAGUUGCAUCAAUAGCUGCUGAUAAGGUCUGUAAUAAUGAUUUUUUUGUUUGCUUUUAAUGGCAGGUCGUCAGCGGAGAGGUACUCGAUCUGCUACUGACAGGGAAAUCACUCCUCCUAUGCUGGCUAAAGAGCAUGGCAACUUGGAGGUAUGUUACUUAAUUUAACGUAUACAAAAAUGUUACUCGACAAGAUCUGUGGACCCUUAGAACAGAGCUGAGGUCAUUCGGCAUUGUUUGUGAAAGGAACUUAUGUGUGUACUGAACUGGUCAGUGGGAUUUGAGUAACGAUUUUGAAAGGUAAAUCAAUCUUACUCCAAAUAAGCUUUACUUGGACAAAGUUGUACAUUUCGGUCUUUUCCUCGUAGUUUAGGCAACUAAUGGCCAAGCGUCAGUUACAGUCUAUCGAGUUUGAGUGUUUCAGUUAAUGAGGAAAAAAGUAAACUAUUUAUACGCCCCUUCAAGACUGUUUAGGUUCCGUUGAAGUGAACUGAAAGUUUAAAGUGUAUUUUAUUAUGUUAUCCAGGUUUUUGGUUUCAACUUGCGACAGCGUAAAUCGUUCCUGAAUGCGGUGAUGAGGUAUGGUCUGCCCUCUCCUGAAGGGUCUCGUCGAUCACAAUGGUAAGAUGGAUGCCUUGUUGAAAAGAACUUCUUCUGUAAAAGUAGACCUUUUUCAGGUCAUUUGUUUCAGCAUACGUAGUAUUAGUAACGAAAGGUUAGGAAGUGCGGGCGAGGUCAAAAGUCAAAACAUCCUUGCUCCAACGCUGUUAAGCUUUGCGUUGGGGCAUUUAUUCUCAGUGGAAGUCCGAACGAAUGCUGGCUACGUACGUGUUGGGCAUGCGUAAUAGCAACGUGGUGAUAAGGAUUGUGGGCUCCCCUGGUAGUCCGCAUUGGUACUAACAUUGAAACUUGUUUAAUAGAUUUGAGCUUGAAAACUUUGAGAGAAUUCAUUUCCCUCUGACUUCUGUUACUCUAUUCCGUUCUAGGUUCGCACGAGACCUCCGGGGGAAAUCCGAGAAAGCCUUCCAGUAAGUAAUUGAUAUAGUGGAAUUUACGUGUAAAACAUUUUCCUCAUUAUGAAUACACCAAAGUUUUAGUUGGAACGAAAAAAUGUUCGUGAAAAAUUUCCACAUAAUUCAACAAACUUAUCAUUUGAGCGAGGUUUCUGUCCAUACCAUGUUGGUUUCCUAAGAAGCACUUUGCUGUAUUGGAAUUGAUUAGCUGAAGUUGCGUUUAGGAAGGCUCUCGGAAGAUUAUCUUUUUCCUUGAGAGGAAACCAUGGUGAUAUCUGUCACCCACCUGCAUCACUCUGUGCUUUUCCGCAUUUCCUUUGUUUCCUCCGUGAUGUUAAAACACAUUAUAUGACUACUUGUUGCUAGAACAUCUGCCUCCAUGCUGGUUAUGUUUCAUCACAUAUCAAAUACAUUACGGUCAACAGAGUUGAAAAUAGCGACACCUUGUGGAGUAUUUUUGAUGAGGUUGGAAAGGUUUGAUGUUGUGAAAAAACAUUUCAAGGUAACGAGAUGUAAAUUGCUUUUGACCUUCAGAGCAUAUGUAGCUAUGUUUCUGCGCCACUUGUGUGAGCCUGGAACAGACAACAAGGAAAUGUUUAAUGAUGGAGUACCUCGUGAAGGACUUCAAAGAACUCAAGUGUUGACCCGGAUUGGUAUCAUGAGCCUCAUAAGAAAGAAGGUGGGUGGGUUUACUAUAAGAAAUCUUGAAAACCAAGACUAAAUGUGGUAGUAUUAACACUUUGAACCCUAAGAUCAAAAUUUGAAUUCUCAUUUGUUGCCCCUAUUCAUUUCCUACAGAAGCAGUGAGGAGAAGUUGAUAAAAUAUCAAGCACAUUCAUCUUGUGUGAUCAUGUUCGUAAUUCUCAUGACCACUCUGAUCAUGUGUGAUCAUGUCCGUAAUUCUCAUGACCACUCUCUUUAAAAAAGCAGUGAUAUUACAAGGAGAAAUUUGAUGCUAAUUACUCUUAGGGCUUAAAGGGUUAAGCUUCUGGAGUUAAUUCUAAAGGUGGUGUGAAAGCCGGCAAGAAGUAUUUUCUUUUGGCACUGUUCAUUUUACUAAACAGGGUUCUUUCAAACGUUAUGACGCGGUGAAACCAAAGACUAAACUCCGAGGUGGGGGGUGGGAGGGAGGGGAGGGGGGGGCACACCUUCUAGGAAUAGGCUAAUGGGUAUGUGUGAGGGGCCUAAAACGACUAGCUAGUGACGAUGAUUGUUGUGGUUAUUGGCCUUUUGUUCAGGUUGAAGAGUUUGCUCAUAUAAAUGGAUGGGAAGCUUGUCCUGAUGAAGAACCUUCAACAGAAAAACCUUCAAGUAAAACCUCCUCACGUGUCUCCACACCAGUAACAGAGAUUGUUGACAGCAAAAAGGUUGAACAGGAGCCAGUUAAAAAGGAAGAAAAGGAGGCAACACCUGAGAAGAAGGAAGAGGAGCAACAGAAAUCUGAACCAAUAGAAACUGACAAAGACGAAGGAGGUACGGAUCAGUUGACUGACAGACUAUUUUCCCGCAGGGGGGUACUCACUAUUAUGGCCCAUAUGGAAAGGCUCCACCCGAAAGCGGUUUCUUUUUCUGGUUUCAGGUAUAGCAGAACCCCUAUAACUCGACCUCGGAUAACCUAAACUCCCCGCCAACUCAAACUAAGUCCAAUUUCCCUUGGAUUUUACCCCACUUUUCAGUCAUUUUUACUCGGUUAACUCGAACUAAAUUUCAUUUCCCUUGAUCAAAAAUUCACUGAAAUUUACCCAGAGAACUCGAAUUCUGGUUGUUGUAACUCCACUCGGAUGCCAUCCCGUUAGCUCUUCCUUUUGUAUAAUCGGUAAAAACACUAAAACUAACACUGGUUAACAAAAUAUCAAUUUAUUAAUUAGUACAACGAGAUCACCUUUUAUCAUAAAAAAAUGGCUAAUUAUGUUACCGUUCCGAUGAAAUAAGUUAAAUUUGCACUGAACUAGACACUGAAGUGCUGAAAAAUCAGUAAAUAUCAAUUUUUAACAUGGCCAAUUGAAUUUUGCAAUCGAUCCCCGUUUACUUGAACUGUUUUUCGUUUCCCUUUCGAGUUCGAGUUACCGGGGUUCUACUGUAAAUGAAAUGUAAGGGUAUGUAAACUUGUCAUGUCGGUCUGUUGAAGAAGUUGAAAGGGCUAACAGACGCAUCUUGGGCUGUGAAAGGACAAGAAAAAUUCCUGGUUUCGUGAUUUAUUCGUAUUAAAAACACGGUGAAAUUACAGUAGGUAAAAACGAUGGAGUGUUCUUACUAGCUCUUUGAAAGCGGUACUGUUUGUCAAUAGAAGAUAUAAGAAAGGGUUAGCUUUUCUCUCUCAAAAGCUAUAUUAAAAAAACGUUAAGGGGUGGGACCGCAGGGCGGAGUACCCCCCGGGGGACUAUUUGAUGCACUGUACCUGCAUUCCAGUGAACAGUGGCACCAAUGCGAGGCUUGGGAUAACAAAAUUAAGUGAUUUGUCCAUCCAAGCCUCAACGUCGUUUCAUUGUGUGCGCUCACUAGCGCGUAAUAGGAGAAAGGUUUAGAACUAAUAACCCAGUGCCCCUUAACAUGGAAUAGCACCUCUGAGAUGUGCGCAGUUGUUAUCUCGCUAGUGAUUCUUUUGUAUUCCACAGAGUCAACUUAAGUUCUGUGCAUGCAAACUACCUUUAAAGUGAAUAGCCGUUUAACUGAAGGAAAUAUACCAAACAAGGGGUUAGCCGGCCUCUAAAGCUAGCUUUCUUGUUUCAAACGGAAAGUAAAUCGUAGUUCCCAGCCAACCAAUUGUCAUCUGCUCAUGAAUAGCAGUUGCUGUAUAACACAAUAUAUUGUGGUAUUUACCGUAAUAUGAUCAUGUUGUAAAACUUCUAACAUGUUUUUAACUGAAAGGAAGUAACUGAGGUUCAUUCGGUGUUUAGUGUGAAUGUAACUGGUUCUUUUACAGCUGGCAUCAUUUGUGUCGAGUAACGUAUCGCCUCCAUGUUUCUCGGUGACUUACCUUUAAUUAUUAACUGUGAGAGACCUAAGAUUAUUAGACACUGUACUAACAUUAAUCAGAGGAGUUUUCUCUCUUCAUUGAAAAAAAGAUUAUCUUUCACAAAAUAGUAUAGUACAACCGCAUUUUUGACGGAAAUAUUCUUUCCAUGGGGUUCCCAACCAAGUAGGUAAAAUACGGAAGUUCGAGGGGUGGGGGUAUAACAAGCACUCUAGGAAUGGUAGGGGUUCUAAGGCAAAAACUACGCUAUCAACGCCAAUACACUACAUCCACUGGUUGGCCAAUCGGUUAUGCAAAAUAUUUUAAUGAAUGGGUUAAUGGUAUGAGAACGUGUAAUGUUAUAGAACCCCUCAUGUCUCGUUUGCAGCUAAAGAGAAGGCUAAUGAGGAAGAUAAUGAUAGUGCUAAACAGGAAAAAGGUGAAGAAGCUAAACCUGCUGCAGACAGUGAAGAAAACAAGAAGGAAGUGACCGAUGAACACAAAGAGGAUGACAGCAUCAAAGGUGAGUUAAGAGAAGUUACUAGGGAGUUUAGGCAUGUUUUUGAUCGACGCACGUCAACCGGAAGUGGUUUUUCAAUUUUGGACAAUAGUUUUGCUCAAAUGUUUGGACAAAUAGUCUCUAUGAUAGUAAAGACACUUAGAAAUACAAAUUUUGCAUUUUCAAGUUGCUUUAACCCUUUAAGUCCCAAUAGUGACCAACAGCAAUUUUCUCCUAACGAUACCAAUACAUUGUCAUGAGAUGAGGUUAUGAAAUUUAAUAAAAUGAUCACCCCAGAGAAAAUACUUUGAUCUUUUAUCAAAUUCUCUCAACUUAUUCUUUAAAGAAAUGUAUAGAGAUCAGUUUGGAGAAUUUGUAUGUGGAUAUUUAGGCUUAAAGGGUUCAAAUGAAAAAGACUUAACUUCCGGUUGACGUGCGUCGCUCAAAAACGCCUUUGUUUAAGCUCCCUAUUGUCCCUUAUAAGUACAUUAGAAGAAUCUCCCUCACUGCUUCUCUACCAUCAGGCCGGAUUCACGAAGCCAUUAGUUAAGAUAUUUUCGUAACUAAAAGCCCUUUGCAGCGGGUCAUUCACGUGGUACAAAAACUGCCAUGCUGUAGAUCAAGGCCAGAUGCACUGGGACAAGACAAAAAUUGACAAUGGUCCCAGUGCGUCCCUUUUGUACCACGUGACUGACCAGCUACAAAGGACUUGUUGAUCAUUGUUGAGGAACUAGUGUUGAUACAAAUCUUAACUCAUAAGGUCUUUCUAAAUCCAGACCCAAGUGCUUAACUUUAUCCUCCAGAUUAGUGACCCUACUGAUUUGAUUGUGAAAAGGGUCGAUUGCAGGGAAUGGUGUUAUCUCCACCCUAUGUAAACUGGGCUAGCUAAUAGCGCUAUCCAAUAUCUGGUCGCCUUUUGUCCAUUUGUAAAGCCUGGAGGAAUGACUGGUUUGGUUUAGACACUUCAGGAAACUUGCUACCCGCGAGAUCAGCUUGUGCUUAACAAAACGCUUUUAUUGGAGUUAAAGAAAACCCAAAAUAUUUAAAUAAUAACCGUAAAAACAUUCCUUUGGAAAAAGUGCAUUGUAAGAGCAAGAGUUGCGGGUAUUAUUGUGCGUCUCUCGCAGGGCGCGCGCUCUAAGAACGAAGGACAUUGGCUAUGCGUAUUCUUAGGAAUUAGUGUAAUGAUGUAAACUAUUUUGCUGGGUGUCUCAUGGUGCUGCGUAGUAUAUUGUUGGUUCGCUUGUGUGUCGUUGUGUGGGUAUUUUUCGGUGGUGUAGUCUUUUUUAUUAAAAAUUGAAUCAUUGGAUAAUGCAAUACUAGAGCUCUGAUUGGCUUAGCCAUCAUGGUAUAUGAGCCAUUAUACCAUGCUCUCCAUAUAUGGUAACUGUACGCGUCUGCUCAAAGUUAAAAGCAAGCUGAGAAUCGGUCGUUUUUUACAAAUAAAGUCGAGAAGAAUUCUCGAUAUUUUGUGGGCGUUUGUAAUAAAACAAUUAUUCCACUCGCGCGGCUUGUUGGAUGUGAAAUGGUAAAUAAUUGUCAAGUAUCACUGGGUGGAACAUUAUACGUUGCCCACCUACCCCUCCCCUAAGCCAACAUUUUGCUCUAAGUGAGAAGUAAUUGUUGAUGUUGGCUUAGGGGAGGGGUAGGUGGGCAGUUUCCCAGAAACGUAUAAUGAUCCAACGUCAUUCGGUGAUUGCACCCAUCCACAGACGACUUGUGGACGGAAAAUUAUAUUUCACGAAUAUGCUGCGAAACUAAUCAAUCCUGAAAAUCUCCUGCUUCCUCACGAAAUUCUUACUUUGGCACAGGACCGCAAAGGUCGACUGUUGACACCACUGGGAACCCCCAUGAGCGCCUCAGCCGCGCAGAGAGAGACCCAUCCACAACAUCAAGAAACCUUGUAUUUUGUUUUAACUUUUUAUUUACUGUUAGCAGAUCCAAAGACUGAUACAGACACCAAAAUGAAUGUUGAUGUUCCUAGUGAAAAAGAGGAUCCUGAGAAGGACAGUGAAGGCAAAGAAAAUAAUGAUAAUAAAUCUGUCGAAACAGAGCCAAUGGAUGUUCAAGAAACUGGAGAAAAGUCUACUGAAGAUGGCAAGGAUGGCGAACAAAAGAAGCCAGUGUUUGAAGCGGAGGAGAAAGACGAUGAUAAAACUGUUGACACAGCUGAUAAGAAAAAUGAUAAUUCAGGAAAAGGUGAAGGAAAAGAGGAAAAGGACACGACUAAGGAAACAGAGAGUGGUGAGAGUGAAAGUGUAGAGCAAGGUGACGUGGUUGAUAGAAAGGAAAAUGAAGGAAAAAAGGAAGUUGAGUCAGUUGAAAAUUCUUCUGAUGAGGCUGACGGUAAGAGGGAUUCUGAUCAAACAGAUAAAGCACCAGAAGAGAAAAGCGGAGGGAGCGAGAAAAAAGAAGAAGAGUUAGAAACCGAUAAAACUAAUGAUAAACCUUUAGAGAAAAUAGACUCUGAUCAGAAGGAGGGCAAACCAGCUGGAGAUGCUGUAGAAUCAGAUAAAAAGGCAACUGACAAUACAGUAGAAAAGACCGAAUCGCCUGCGAAAACAGAGCAGGCCCCUAUUAAAACUGAUCCAGCAGCAGUCCCUAAACAGGAGAAAUCUACUGAGAAAUCGGCUGGACUGAGCAAACCUGCCAGUGCAGCUAAUGAACAGCAGCGGUUCAUGUUUAACAUUGCCGACGGUGGAUUUACUGAGCUGCAUACUCUGUGGGAAGUGGAGGAGAAAAGGAAGUGCGAUGAUAUCUGGUGGAGAUGUCAUGAUUACUGGCUUCUGGCCGGAGUUGUUAUGUAUCCUGAACACAGUUAUUGAAGUAGUUACUGUAUUACUCCUUUUAUUCAUUCCCAUCCCAUUUUGUGGUCUAAGUUAUGUAUUGGGUAUCCAGAUUUAAAAAGUUUGUCCAGUCUAACUACAUGGCAUUGGAUCAUUGACAUCAAAGCGUUUGUCCGCUACUUGCCGUUCGAGGUGUUUUACUAGAGAGUUUAAGCUUCACCUAUACAGCAAACGGCAAACGUCAGAUUCAAGUUGAGGAUUUCUCAAAAUAGAAAAUGAGUAGAUAAAAAGUGCUCAAGUUCAUACUUAUGGAUGAAAAAUUCCGUGAAACACUAAUUUAUGUGUAGAAAUAAUUAACAGUAAACGACAAGUAAAGCGGAAACUUGGUCACGUGGUGCAAAUUCGCGUUUGCCGUUUGGCGUAAACGCGAUGCGUUUAACCUCUCUACUUAUGGAUCUCUGUGGUGGGGGGAUAGAAGAGAACGUUCUCUCAGACGCGUCUUAGAAAUUUUCAUUCUGCGGUUUUUAAAGUAUCCUGUAGUGUGUGAACGGUCAGGAUUUUAAAAAAAUUUCAGCUCUUUCCCUCGCCUAACCCUGGACCUGAAAUGGCCUGGCCCCAGUUGUUCAAACGUUGGAUAGCGCUAUCCACCGGAUGAAUCAAUUUUUAGCGGAAAAGUAUUAGGGGAGCCAAAUGUGUCAGCCAGUGGAUAGAGAUUUAUCCAGUGGAUAGUACUAUCCAUCUUUUGAACAACUGGCGUCUGAUUGAAGGGUAUGUGCUGUUUGGACUUAUUUGUUUUGUAAUUGGUUGUUUGUCUACCCUCGAAGCACUUAAAAGUUCUUUAGAACUCGUUAAAACGUGUCCGUGCGUUUCAAAUCGAAUUAGAACUUGAAAGUGUUGGUUUUUAAGGAGAGGAGAAAACCGGAGCACCCGCAGAAAAACCUCUCGGAACAAGCGAGAGAACCAACAACGAACUCAACCCACAUAUGACGUUGACGCCAGGAUUCAAACCUGGGCUACAUUAGUGGCACUCGGGUGCUCUCAUCACUGCGCGUUCGCCAGCCUUGUUCCUCAGCUGACAAUAGCCUACGUUCGAUAUAUCAACUCCAAUGCUUUCUGGUUUGGUUUUCUUUGUGGUCAGGUCUCCUUUGGGAAUUACCAGACUAACAUCGUAAACAUUUUGCAGUUUUUUUUCGGAAAGCCUCUUAGUCAUAUUACAAUUCUGAUAUAUCAAACGUUGGCUUUUCAGUAGAAGGUGCAGUUUAUAGUAGAGCGGAAAACAAAAAAUGCUGAAAAAAAUCCAGCGGAGACAACGUCAUUUUAUCUAAAACUACAACCAUCCGAACUGCGACUUAAAAUUGUUUUAUAAUAGAAUAUUGUAUAAAUUUCUCUACUUUUGUGAGAUUGCGAAACUUUGUGAGAGUAGGGUAUUGUGUUCCUCCUUGACAUUAUCCCUCUUUCAGUCACGGUUAUGGCAGAUGGCAGGAUAUCGCUAAUGAUCGCAAGUUUGGGGUGGUCAAUGAUCCGUUCAAAAAUGGUAAGUUGUUGGAGCAGCGUCUGUAAUGAAAUUAGCAGCCAAGAGUUGUCACAACUCACGUGCCUUUAAUUUUAAGUGGUAAGGCUGUCAUUAAGAGCCGGGGGGCGGGGACUCCCCCCGGCUGUUAUGAACGUGGCCCCCGCCUAGUCGCAUAGGAAAAUUGAAGAAAAGUAGAACCAAAAGAAAUCCCUAGCUGUUUGAUUCCUUGCCUACUACUUAUUGUAUUUAUCCGGCAACUUGAAAUCCUAGUGACAUCCCUGAAGGUGUACUGGUAAUAGUUAAGGAAUUGACUUGCAGCAAGUCGACUGCGUGAGUGCCGAAGGCGCGAGCGAAGCAAGCGAACGAGAGCGGCGAAGUCGCGAGACGAGCAACUUAAAUUAAGAAACAAGUCGACUUCGUGAUUGCCAAAGGCGCGAGGCGACGCGCGAGCGUCGUACGUUGAGAAAGUCUAAGGUAAGGAACAGUCAGUGAAGAGACGUUAGAAUAAGUACGGCGCACGUUAACCAGUUUCAAUUCAGACCACGCUAACAUUACCACUAAAACAAGUCAUCAUCAACCCAGUCCAGACUUCUUUUGCUUAUCUUAUACCUUAGUUUGUUUCUAUUGCAGUCUCUCUGGAGUACAAGAACCGCUUUAUUGCGCGACGCUUUAAGGUUUGUUCUGCUGAUAUUGUUCCCAAUUUUGUGUGUAGACAUCAAAUAGGUUUUCAUCGUAAAUUUCUGUGGGUUUCAGGGAUAAAUGACCAGUGACUGUGUAAUAUUAAAAUCUGUACCUUAUUAACAAAGAUUGCUUUGGCAAUUGGUCAUAGGCAAUUUAAAAGUAUUGAUCACUGGGGCAUACGGAACUCGCUGCAAUGAUUUGCUUGAGGUACCGCCAAACAAUAGGUUCUUAAUGCCUAAUACCUAAAGCAACCUUUCUUGAGUCAGCGAUAUCCCCAAAUCCUCAGUCUUAAGUCUGAGUUUUAAACCAUCAAAUUUAGCCCUCUGUCAGUGGCAUUGCUUCCUUGUUUCCCCCUGUACAUCUCUUUUAUGCUAAUUCAAGCACUGGUGUGGUCAUAAUUGAAACUAGAAAUUCAGUUAAGGAAUUAGAAACCUGAAUUAAGCUCUUAGACUGGUUCGACAGAAGAAGACAGUGCAAACACUAAGUAAUACCGUCACAGUCCACAGCAAGUUUAUUGACGAUAUUGUAGCGCACUAGUGUGCUUUUCUUGUGUUGGCAUAGUUCACGCCUUGUGUUGGUUUGAGCAUCUCGCAAUUGAUCUCCGAGAAUGGCACCCUUGUGAAUUAUGUGCUUUUUUGUUUUAAGUUGUUAGAACAAGCGCUUGUAAUAGAAGAACAGCUGAGACGAGCCGAUACCAUGAAACUCAGGCAAGAUGCCAACCACCCUGCCAUGGCUUUAAAUGCAAGGUAAGAAUCAAACCAAUCUGCAGGAACGGUGUUUUAGCACCUUUUUCGAGAACUGAGAUACAAUGUGCAGUGAUUUUUUGUCUUUGUUCGGUAGAUUUGCGGAACUGGAGUGCUUAGCAGAAAGUCACCAGCAUUUGUCCAAGGAGUCGUUAGCAGGAAACAAACCUGCCAAUGCUGUACUUCAUAAAGGUAAUAGGGACCUUAAGAUCCGAGGACGGCGACGGCAGAAAAAACGUCGCUGAAAAAGUGAAUUCGCGUUCUUUCAAUCUUCAUCGCGAUUACUCCAAGUCACUAACUUUGUCAACUGUAGGCGAACCCUCCUAAAGUUGAAUUCCUAAGAACCAUAUCCAAGUUCAGAAAGAGAGAGGAAAUUUCGACGUCGCUUGUGUAUUUCCUCUGUACAUCGUGAAAUUAGGCAUUUUCACGUCGUAGUCGUGCAGUGACGGCAAAGAAAUGUACAAACAAGCGUGAUGCACGUGCAAAAUUGUUGUUUUGCUAAUUAAACCUAUUGCUUUUGUGGUGUUCCCGUUGCCGUCGCCGUCGUCGGAUCUUAAGGUCCCUAAUCUUCCACACAGAACGUUUAGUAGCUUAUGGCUUCAAUAGCCUGUGAGUUGGCUGUCUUUAAGGGGAGGGUGGAAAAAUGGGAACCAUUAGAGGUACUUCUUGCUACACUCUUUAAAGCGUUUGUACCUAUUCAUCACAAUUAAAGUAGCGUCGUUCAGACUAUAAGCCUGUGAAUAUUGUCGCCUUUCAUCGCUCCCCUCUUUUGGACGUUUUGUGAGAGAAUUAAAAAAUGUUAGUCCUGGUUUUAAACCUUUCUUGUGAAAAUGAAUUUUAUCUGCCUUUCGCUCGUGGUAAUAAAAACGUUAUUUAACAUAGUGACCCUGUUGUAUGAUUAAAAGACAAAAAGUCACUUUAUCACCAGUCCUAAAUUGUUCAAAAGCUGUAUAGGGACCUAUGUCGCUAUCGACAGGAUAAAUCGCUAACCAGUAGAUACGUAUUAGGGAAACCGAUUGUGAUAUCCUCUGGAUAGUGAUUUAUCCAGUGGAUAGGACUUGCCAUCUUCUUAACUUCUAGGAUCUACAGACGCAGAUUUAUCGUUCUUGUUUAUGUCUGCAGUACUUAAUCAGCUGGAGGAGUUGCUAUCAGACAUGAAGUCGGACGUCAAUCGUCUUCCUUCGACACUAGUCCGAAUGCCUCCCGUCACUGCUCGGCUUAACAUGUCGGAGAGAGGAAUCCUCAGCCGUCUAACGAAACGUGGUGAGGGACCACCACCCAAUGUCACCAUACCUGGAAACACCAUCCAACCCCCUCCCGUUCCAGGAAUGGGUUCAGUUACUAUCCAGCCAAAGGUCCAGCCCUUAGUGUUGCGGUGGCACUAUAAUGCCCCCUGUACAAAUUAG